GUCUCUCUAAGAAGAAAAAAGAAGAACAACCUCUCUCUCUCUUCCUUUCACACACACAACCCCAAAGCUCCGAAGAAAAUGGCUCUCUUGAAGCUACUCGUGACCAUCGCAAUAACAACCGUAAUCACAAUCGCAGUCAUCACAACAAGAACUACAACCACCACCACCGUGGAGCACACGAGCUUCGAUGUACUGGGUACGCCUACUAUAAGGCCAAGUCGGUUCUUGGCUCAGAAGGAAGUAGGCGAUCAGCGAAACCCUAACGCUGCGGACCAUUGCAACAAGGACCCUGAAAUAUGUAAUCUCUACGGAGGCGGAGGAAACAACUCGACGGUGAAAUGCUGCAACAACAAAUGCAUAGACGUGAGCAACGACGACAAGAACUGCGGCGCGUGUAAGAACAAAUGCAAGUUCUCACAAACAUGUUGUCGCGGGCAAUGCGUUUACUUGGCUUACGACAAACGUCAUUGUGGACAGUGUAACAAUCCGUGUGAAGUCGGCGAGUUCUGCGUCUAUGGUCUAUGUAACUACGCGUGAAUGAAUGAUCGAUCCAUCACACGAGAA